GGUCGUAUCUAAAAAAUUGACAACCAACAUUUUCUAUCUCUACUAUUAAUAAAUUUAAAAAUCUCUGGCCCAUAAAGUAAUUGUUCAUAAUUGGUGUUUUAAGUUUUGUAAAGUAAUUAAUGAUUUGAGUGAAGUAAGAUCCUUCGUUAAUUAUGGAUGUUUUUCUUAUGAUCAGAAGGAACAAAACAACUAUAUUCACUGAUGCCAAAGAAAAUACUUCUGUAACAGAGCUGAAAAGAAUGAUAGGAGGAAUUUUAAAAGUCAAUCCAUCUGAUCAAAUUUUGUUUUACUACGGAACAGAUCCUAUGGCAAAUGAGAAGUUAUUACAGGACUAUGGAAUUACGAUGACAAUUGCAAAAGCUCAGGCACCUGUACAACUUGGUUUAGUAUUGCGAUCUGAAUCGGGAGAGUUUGAGCAGUUAGAUAUCACAUCCUAUUCAUCGCCACCGGAUCUGCCAGAAGUUAUGAAAACCCAAGAUACAUCAAAUGGACAAGAUCAAGUUGCGUAAGAUGAGAUUUUCACUAAUUAAUCAUUAUAAGGAUUUCGUUUUCAAAAAAAAAAAAACACAAUGUAAAUGUAAAUUCUUAGUUUGAACUAAAAACAAACUUCCACUAACGGUUACAAAUAAAAUAUAGUUUGAAACAAAACAAAA